AUGGAUCAAUUUGAAUAACAAAAGGAAAGUUAGAAUACAGGAGAAGAUGGAAAGGCUAUAAAAAAGAGAAUAAAGAAAUAGAAGGCAAAAAAGUAACCUGUUAAUGAGUAACCUAUUGAAGAUUGUAGUAUUUGUUAUGGUUAAAUCGUUGAUAAAGUAUAAUGAAUAUGAUUAAUAAUAAAAGGGUAUAAUUUAAACAUGUUAGCAUUCGUAUUGUUUUAAAUGCAUUGAGAUUUGGGCAAAAUAGAAUUUAACUUGUCCACAAUGCAGAGUGUAAUUUAGUCAGAUUUUAAGAGUAUGGAAAUAAGGAAAAGGAAAAAGAUAAAAAUUGUAUGAUUAUCAUGCAAAUGAAGUUAAAUCAGAUGAUGAUGAAUUAAUUUCUCUGAAUUUUUUGUAUUAACCAAUUAGAUUAAUGCCUUUUUUUACAAGGAUUUGGAGCCUACCUUUUGUAAAUUUGGUAUUACUAAAUUCAGAUUCAGAAUGA